AUGGUCUCCUUCACCACCCUCCUCACCCUCUCCGCCGCCGCCCUCGCAGCCCCCGCCACCAUCCCAGACGGCAACCCAACCUUCCCAGACUUCAGCUGGAAAUGGCACGUCACCAACUGGGAAGCCCUCUGCCAAGCCGACGGCUGCCAAUACGGCUUCGACGUCGAGGUGCCGUCAGCCAAGAACGCCGUGGGCGACAUCACAGGCGUGAAAGCGCACUGCAAGGGCCGAGAGAACUACUCCGAGGCCCGCAAAUACAACGUCUACGAGAGCUGCGAGAUUCUCGAAGGACCGAAAGAGAACGGCGUGGCGGCCAAGUUGAGCGAGCGAAAGGCUGGCUCCGAUGAUUACCCGGGCAAGAUCUAUGUUAGCUUCCUGCAGGCUGCGAAUGAGCAGGCUGGAACGCGUGCGGUUAACUUUACGGGUACUUAUGAUGCCAUUUACAAUGGCGAUGAGGAACGCAUGUACUUUGAUAUCACACCUGAUACGGCUAGCUUUGUUUAGAUGGGGGAUGUAUGGAUAACGUCCGUCCCUGAGUGCUGGGACACCCUCCGUGCUGGGACAAAUGAGGGGCACUUUGACUUUGAGCAUAUUGCUUUCUUCACACACGCCGAUGCUUGCCAUAAGUCUGUAUUAGUAAUGUUCCAUAGCUAUUCAUAGAUAUAUCCCACCCC